UCCACAACCAUCUGUAUUGGGAUCUGGUGCCCACUUGAGUAUGAGACCUGGUCAGUCAUCAUCAUCAAUUUAGACUAUGAAACCCAAUAUGGACAAGGUCAACAGAACUACCAUGUGUGGGCUGCCUAUGCAUGCUUCAGCAUUUCCAGUACAUAAAUUACAUUUUUUCAUAUCAUGCUCCUAAGAUCAAUACACUUUCCACUUAUGUCCUCAAAGAAUGUUCUCAAUUUCCAAGCUGGACUGGGAGUUCUGGUCAAUAUGUUUCUCCUUUUUUUCUACACUUUCAUAAUCCUAGGUCACAGACCUAAGUCCACGGACAUGAUCUCAUGUCAAUUGGCCUUCAUUCACACACUGCUGAUCAUCACUGGAGGGGAUAUUUGGCUUUGGAACAUAUUUGAGUCACUGAACAUUGAUAAUGAUUUCAAAUGUAAGACAACUUUUUACAUAAACAGAGUGAUGAGAGGCCUCUCCAUUUGUAUCACCUGCCUCCUGAGUGUGUUCCAGGCUGUCACUAUCAGUCCUAGUACUUCUUUUUUGGCAAAAUUUAAAUAUAAACUAAAAAAGUACAUAAUUUGUGCUUUCUUAUUUAUUUGGUCUUUCAACUUGUUAUUCAGUAGCAACUGGAUCUUCUAUGCUGGUGCUUUUACCAACAUGAAUGAGACCAACCAGAUGAAGGUCACUAAAUUCUGCUCACUCUUCUCCAUGAACUACAUCAUCAGGGCACUGAUUUUAACAGUGGGAACCUCCAGAGAUACAUUUCUUGUAGGAGUUAUGCUGGUCACAAGUGCAUACAUGGUGAUCAUCUUGUUCCGACAUCAGAGGCAAUGCAAGCAUCUUCACAGCCUCAGCCACCUGAGAACAUGCCCUGAGAAAAGGGCCACCCAGACCAUUUUGCUGCUGGUGGUUUUUGUGGUCAUGUACUGGGUGGACUUCAUCAUCUCAUCCUCCGCAGUCCUGUUAUGGAAGUACGACCCAGUCACCCUGAGUGUUCAGAAGUUUGUGAUGAAUGUCUAUCCCACAAUUACUCCUUUGGUGCAAAUCAGUUCUGAUAAUAGAAUAAUCAAUAUGCUGAAAGACAUGCAGUCUGUGUGCCACCACAUUUUAAAAAAGUUAUAAUUUUUCUCAUUUUAAUAGAAUGAUUUAUUUAUGUUUUUAUAUUUCUGAGUAUUGGGUCAGCAUGUAUGUAAGUGUGAAUUCCUGUUGCCCCCAAGGUCAGGAGAGUUCAUUGUCCCCGCCCCCCUUGAGCUGGACAGACAAAU